CCUCGGUCCGUUAAGUUACGUACGCUCGUAACUACUGUAUAAAACAUCCGGAAGCUCCUUACGUUUCAGCGUUGACACUUGCUUCGCUGUCUCGCCUCCAAGACCCAUUCGACGCCCAUUGUAUUGCGUUCAACUUUGAAUACGACGUCCACACCGGCCUUCGGCUAACAGCCUGAACGAAAGAUGAGAGCAACUACAGACAACCCCAACAGCGAAGACGCAUCGAGUACGAGUGAAUGGCAAGUGAGGCAUAUCCAAGGACACAGCAACUCUGGUGGUACAAUCUAUUACCGCGUGGCGUGGGAACCAACUUGGGAACCCGCAGACCGACUUCAGCACAUGUUGCCAGUUUUGCUCGCUUGGAACAAGCUCCAUGGCUGUUCUUACUCCAGGAGAGUACGGUCGUGUCAAUGUGAUCCUACUCUGGAGCAUUGGACGGGAAAGGUCACCGGCCGAAAGAAGGUCGACGGCAUGGUGCACUACAAAAUCCAGUGGCAAGUGACUACGGAGCCGGCGGUGAAUCUAAAGAAUGCUCAGAGCCUCGUGAAAGAGUAUUGGGACAAAGUCUAUGGUCUAGAGCUUGGUAACAGAGGGGAGCACGAAGAUGAUAGCGAGUCGGUGUGAUUGCGGGAAUUGAUUGCUAUUACGAGACCACGUAAAACAACAUGAGAGUAUCAUUCUUUGGUUUUCUGAGAUCUUUGGGAUGUCUCGCAUGAUGCUCGCCUGCGUGAUAGGACUGAGAUCACUUAGCCAACGUGGCGGCGUUUGUAGAUGGAUCUCAUAGAUACAUACAGUAACGAACUCAACCCGCU